CUCGCAUGGUUGUCAUGUGUACCCCGACGUACCGCAGCAUCGGCAUGCGCGACGCCCAUCACUGACGACGUACUACGUUGAUUUAAGUUGGUUUUUUCGCGCGGUAUUUUUGAGUCGUUGUUGUUGGUUCUGUUAACAUUUUUUUGUUUGUCGGGGUUGUUCGGGGUAUAUUGAAAGAAAAAAACUUGUUUGUUGGUGUGGAUUGGUAGUAGUGAUGGUGGUAGUUUGAGGUGAGGACGUCGAGGCCGCAAGACGACGCCGUCCGUCGGCGUAGUGGUGGUUAAGGUGUCCGCGGAGGGUGGACGCGAGGUCCGUUCCUCGGGGUUGUCGUCGCUGCAGGUGCCGAUGGGGGUGUUCGAGGACGCGGGCAGGCGAGUCUCGCACGGAAUGCACUGGCAGCCGAACGAUCAAUAUAUCGGACCCGCCUAUGACCCCUCCAGAGAUCUGUCGCCCAAUCUGCCCUCAUGCGAGCCUCCGCUCAAGGGGGAGCCGCUGGGAGACACCCAAUUGGGGUCCACGGGACCACUGUCCCAGGAUAACAACAACCACACUGAAAAAAUGCACCAGUCCUGUGGAUCGGACUCCUGUAGAUCAUCCCCUCCCCGACCUCCACAUUCGGUGACACCCCCCGAACUGCGAAGACCCGGAUCUUCAUUCGACCAUCACAUACCCAAAAUUGAACCGGAUACAACUCCAUCGUCACCACCAACACCACCAUCUAGCUGUGCGGACGAACUUGCUGGUGCUGCAGUGUGCGCAGGCUGCGGCAUCAAAAUCACCGAUCGGUACUACCUCCAAGCGGUGGAACGGCGGUGGCACGCGCAAUGUUUGCAGUGUUGUCAGUGCAGGAACACUUUGGACGGUGAUAUUACGUGUUUUUCGCGCGACGGAAAUAUCUACUGUAAGAAAGACUACUACAGAUUGUUUGGUAUGAAAAGAUGCGCCCGAUGUCAAGCAACAAUACUUUCCUCUGAACUGGUGAUGCGAGCGAGGGAUUUAGUGUUUCACGUGCACUGUUUUUCCUGCGAGAUGUGCAACACUCCGCUGACCAAGGGCGAUCAUUUCGGCAUGAGAGGGUGUUCGGUGUUGUGUAGGCUACAUUUCGAGAUUCCUCCCGAUAUGGCGUCGACGGGGAUGUUUCCUCUUCACCAUUUUCCACCUAAAAGUGAACCUUAUAUGCCGCCCUUCCCCAGUCCGGAGUUCCAUCCCGCGUUACCACCCCAAGUACCGCCGCCCCCCACGGAGCCCCACGUAGGCAAACCCGCCUUUUUCAACGGUCAAACCGGAGCGCCCCCUAGGCAGAAAGGCAGACCGCGGAAACGGAAACCGAAAGAUCUGGAAGGGAUGACAGCUAACCUAGAUUUAAAUCAAGAAUACCUUGACAUUCCAUUCGGGAGAUCGCCGGGUACGCCGGGUCUCCACGGCUCGAACCAGAGGACCAAGAGGAUGAGGACCUCGUUCAAACACCACCAGCUCAGGACGAUGAAGUCGUACUUCGCGAUUAACCACAAUCCAGACGCCAAGGAUCUGAAGCAGUUGUCGCAGAAGACCGGGUUGCCGAAAAGAGUACUACAAGUUUGGUUCCAAAACGCCAGAGCAAAAUGGCGACGGAUGAUGCUAAAGCAGGAGGGCAAAUCCGGCGAGAAAUGCUCGGGUUCAGAAAGCAUCAGCGACAUGGAGAUGUACGGAGGACCCGGAGGGCCCGCUUCCAUCGGCAUGCAGCCUCACAGUCCUCCGUUCCUGCUACCGGGUGGCGCUGGAAGCCCGUCCAGUCUAGACUGUUCCUGAGCUCGCGGUGUUGCCGGGUAGUGUCGUGUCUUAAAGAUUAAUCCCGACUAGGUAUUUUGUGGUGUCGGUUUGUAAGUUCCGAAUUUCGGUUGUGUAAAUUGAUAUGAAAGUCAAAAUUGCUUCAAUUUUCUUCUUAUAAGUCGUUGAAAUUUAAUACAAGUUUCUACAAAAAACCAGAAUAUCUCGUAGAUAGAAUUCUUCCUAAAAGAACCCCGUUUUUUUUUCGUUGAGAAUUUGAAUUCAGUUUCACUUAUUUCUUUAAUAUUAUGUAAAUUUGAACAAAAUUUACUAGAAUACAGACAAACAUCCUAUGAUUUUCGCGAAAAUGAACACAAUAAAUUGAUAAUUGACUCUUGUCAUAUCUAUAAAUUUAUAAAUCUCCACAAAAUUCCUCGUCUGGAGUGACCUUAAACGGUUAUUGGUUAAGUAUGGUUGAUUGAUGCACAGAUUAGAAACUUAAGUAAAUUAUUGAAGUAAAAUGAAAAACAAUUGUUCCUAAUAAUAAACUAGAGUAAGUGUAUGCUGUAUCAUCAGAACUAAUUGAUAUCUAUCAUAUCGUAAUUUUGUUUGUUUUAAAUUAUGUUUAUAGCUUUGUGGCGGUUUAGUUUCUUAAAAAAAAUCUGUGUAUUUUGCCACUGAAAUUUCAAUACUAAGUUUAAUUUUAGCAAAAGAAAUAGAACAUCUUUCUUCGUUUUCAGAAGCAAAAAGCAAAACAAAAAAAUAAAGAAAAACUAUUUAUAAUGCCUAAAUGUAUGAUAUAGUAAUUUAUUAAUUUUGUGAAACAACAAAAAAUAUUAUAAAUCUUAGAAAAAAAUAUUCUAUAUACAGACAUUUUAAGAAUUUUAGUUUUACCUCAUUGUGUUUGUAUUAAAAAACUAAACUGUUCCAGUAGUAGAUAGGUUUAGAUAUUUUAAAAAGUUUUUCUUUAUUCUUUUUGUAUCUUUUACCUGACGACGGGAGGAAAAAUAGCCUAAAAACUUUUAAGCACUUUUUUGGGUUUAGGCAAAUUUAUUUACGAGCAAAAUGCCACUGACAAGGCUCUUUUCCAUUUGAAGG